AUGCCCCCAGCAGCUCCCACGCCGCACCAAUUCUCAACUAGAGAAGCAAUAACAGACACAAUCUACCGCGGGGUCCUAGGAAUCGACACGAACGAUCUCGACUUAUUCGUCUCAGCAUUGCACGACAGCCCAACGACCAACUUUGAAAUAAAUGGCGAACAAUACCAAGGCAUAGAAGCAAUCAAACCCCGAGUAUUCGAUAGAAUCGGUCCGCUGGAUACAACACACACCGUCAGCAAUGUGCGCAUUGAGAUGGAGGAUGGAGCUGAGAUGGCGUCUUUGACGGCUCAUGUUUUGGCGCAGCAUUAUCGGGCUGGAGAGGGAUCGUUGGGGGAUUCGAAGGGUGUUUUGGUGGGAGGGUUGUAUUUCGUUGAUCUUGUUAGGAGUUCGGAUGAUGGCUGGAGGAUUACGACGUGGAAAAUAAAGAUGAUUUGGAUGGAUGGGGAUAAGGGGGUCAUUGGGCUUUAG